AGUUCACUUUUGUUUUCGUUCGAGUGUGCGCCUAUCUAGAUAAGGAACCGGAGCUUCGGAGAGCUCUACAGAAGGUAGUGGAUUAUCUACUUUUUCUUAGUGCAGUGCCUUGUUAAUAUUUUCAUCCAUCUGGGAUAGCUGAUACGAGAGUGAACUCAAGAUGAAGCUGCUAGUGUUAGUGCUGGCGUCGAUGGUCGCCGUGUGCCUAGCCGAACCGAAGCCGGCCAUCAACGAAGUCAAACCGAACCAGCCCCAGCAGAAGCCGGGCCGAUUCCUAUCACUGCCAAAUGCAGAUAAAUGCGCGUCACGACCAAAGGAAUUCAACUACCGUGGACACAACUACUUCUACAGCGGCCACGUUCCCGCCCUGGCAGACAAGCGUGUCGAUUGGCUGGAUGGUCGUAACAUUUGCCGCGAGUAUUGUAUGGAUCUGGUGUCGCUCGAAACCCAGGAAGAGAACAACCUGAUCUUCCGCCUGAUCCAGCAAAACGACGUACCCUACAUCUGGACGUCCGGACGUCUGUGUGACUUCAAGGGUUGCGAAAACCGCCCGGAUCUGGAACCCAAGAACGUUUAUGGAUGGUUCUGGUCCAACAACCGUGAGAAAAUCCAAGCCACCAACAAGAUCCCAACCGGAUGGGGCUACAACCCAUGGAGCAAAUCUGGCCACAAGAAGAUCCCGCAGCCCGAUAACGCUGAAUUCGACAUCAACCAGACGACCGAAUCCUGUCUGUCUGUGCUGAACAACGUCUACAACGAUGGCAUUGGAUGGCAUGAUGUGGCCUGUUAUCACGAAAAGCCGUUCGUGUGCGAAGACUCCGAGGAACUGCUGAACUACGUGGCGGCCACGAACCCCGGAAUUCGUCUGUAAUUCGUCGCCAGCCAAUCGGGCCGAACAGACCAGUGUUUAGUUUAAGGAGCCUCUCCUCGAAAGCAACUACAUUGCCAAGCUUUCCUCUCAUCGACAAAUACUUUUUCACACUUCCAAGUAUUCCAAGAUCUUUCAAAUCCACAGUGUAGGUAACCAGUAGAUGGCAAAGUUCUUCAUUUUCAUUUGUCUUCCAUUCACCGAGACGUGUAUUGUUUAGUAGGCAAAAAAGCAACAGCGAAUAAGCGAAAAUUACUCACUGACUCAGCUACAAAAAUAAAACGAGAAAGUUCAAUGCUCGUGUAAGAGACCGACAACUUCCACCGUCAGCCAGUCGUCUCGAAUAUUGAAGAUUUUUUACAAACAAAAAAAAAACAUAACAAAACUGCAGAGAACAGAAACGCACAACUAAUUUAAUAUCUGCACUCGUGUUAUCUAAAUGUAUAUUUAUUUUUUAUAAAUAGAUUUUUUUUUUAAUAUUCCACCCACGACGACCUGUAACACAAAAAUACAUUCAUGAGACUUGAUUUGUAACCUGCGGACAUAACGAACAAAAAAAAACGAAAGGGAAAAAUUGAAAUAAAAGUGCAAAUUAUGCGAAAUUGUUACAGUGAAAAACCAAAACCAAA